AUGAACUGUGGCACUCUGUACGGGUACGAGUUGGCUAGCCAAAUUGAUCAGUUGGUGAUUCGAAAAAUUGCAAGUGGGAAGAUUCAGAUUGAGGGGAAUAGAAACUGGCCACAGGAAAAAACACUAUUUAUUAUUUACUCAAAGAACAUAGCCACUUACUCAUAUUUGCACAUUCUUAUAAAAAAGAGUUUGUUGCUAAAUGCAGAUGUUACAUUUGUAAUGAUCCGAGUUCACAAAGGCUGCAACGAAAAAAGGUUAAUCAAUUUAAUAAAAAAAAUAAAUAGACGAGGAAAAAACACUUGGCUCAUAAUUCUUUCUCCGUUGUCUCGUCACAUAAACAAAUGUUACAUUUCUAGUUUUAUUAGCCAAGAGAAGGAUGUAGAUCGGUCUAACUGUGCACCCAUUUGGAAGUUACUCCUCCCUCCUAGUAGCAGUGCAUAUGGGGAAAAUGCCCAUAAUAACGGAUUCAGGACUUGGAUGCAGCCGAUCCCCCUUGUACAUACGGCUCGGCAUAUGUUUAGACAAAACUGCGAAGCCUUCCUACAUUUUCUUUUUUGCAUUUUGCACCUUCGCAUGAUAAAAAAAGGCGAGUACAUCUGGACGAACACUAUCGCGAAUGUGUCUAUGCGGAAGGAAAAGGCAAUUGAGGGGGACACGGAAAACUUCAGCAACGCUACGGAGGGGAAUUACCCAAGCAGAGGUAAUUUCCUACGUAGCGCCACUCGCAGCGACGUCAAACAUAUUAGUAGUGUAAGCCCAGAAAUUUACAACUACCUGAGGAAUAGCACCAAGUACAAUUUCCCAUGUUGUGUUCACGCGAUACUGCUAUUCUUGAAAUAUUACCAAAUCCAUGUGAAGGAGAAAAAUGUGUUGAUUCUUAGUAGCAACAUAAGUAUCUUCCUAUCUCUAUUUGCCUUCUUUUUUCAAAGUGAAGUUUCAACGACGGUAUAUGAUCCGCUGCGGGGGCAUGUUCUCUGUAGAUACGAUGACAAGACAAAAAAGUGCUACCUACGCACAAGUAACCUAGGCAAGCUACAUAUCAGAGACAAAGCCGAUUUUAAAAGCAAGUGCAAAAAGUUCUCCAAGUUUUAUAUAUCUACCAGUAAGGGGUACACAAAAAUUACCCACCAUGAUUUAUCCACACUAAGAAAAAACAUGCAUACAAGGAUUGUCAAAAAUUCCGAUCUCAUAAUAAUGGCAAUAGGUUGUCCUCACAUUUUGAAAAAAAAAUAUAUUAAAGAAGGCGCCAUUAUUUUAGAUUUGGGAAUCAAUUUGGUUCCCCCCGGAGACAGGCACAUGGAAAGAAUGAUCACACCUUUUUUCGAUUCCUCCGUUUUGAAGAAGAAAGUGAAAAUGAAAAAAGGGUCCUCAAAAAUAGAGGAAGAAAAUUUCCCUUGCAGGAGGGGACUUUUCCCUCAUGGGAAAUUCAAGAAAGAGACAAAUUUCACAAAGUUGAAAAAAUUCAAAAGUUCAAUGAAACAUAUAUGCUUAAGUUGUCCAGAAAUUGAUAAAACUGCUACAUCUGAAAAAUUCUUCUGUGAAGAAAGUACCGGAGUGACAAGAGAAGAGACUAGCCCAUCUGACUGUUCUAAGGGUUCUCCAAUUUGUCCCCCCAGUGGAAGGAUAAAAAGGGCCCACAACAAAUGUCAAAAAAUUAUAUCCCUAAAAACCCGCAUAUCUAAAAUUAAAUUCGCCAAUGCUUUAGGCAGAUUUUUACAAAAUUACGAAAUUGUUGGAGAUGCUGAUGAGAACUGCAAGCAGAAGUGCGCUCUCAUUUCGAGUGUGCCAGGGGGGCUCGGCCCCAUCACAACUUCCAUGUUGUUUUAUAAUUUGUAUUUCAGCUGA